AAAAGUAUAAUAUGUGCGUCUAUGUGAAUCACACUAUAAUUUAAUAAUUUGCUUAAUGAAGGAGCGUAAAAUGUUCUACAAGUUCACACAUCUACAUAUCGGAAAGCUGCAAGUUGUCUUUGUAGUUGUCGCAAUGGUAAUAGCCUUUGCAGUUUCGACGCAAGCCGACCUCAGCGACCCGACGCUGUCCGUCUACUAUAGUUUUGACGAGGAUGGUGAUACCGUCAAAGACGGUUCCAUUAACGGUAACGACGGAAAAAUUGAAGGAAAAGUCGUGAGAGAAGAUGGUGUUUUCGAUAAAGCCAUCGUUUUAGAACCACAAACGUGGAUAGACAUGCACGGACCGGAUUUCAAAAACGGACCGGUUGAUGGUAUCACACUUGCUGUCUGGAUCAAUCAUAGCGGUUCACCUAAUCCACAAACCCUUUUAGAUGCAAUCGGAACCGACCACGCGAGUGGUCUCUACCACGCCGAGAUCCGUCCCGGCGGAUUCAGAUGGUUCCAUCGAAAUGGUGCCAAUGCAGAGGUAUUCAAUAUCAACCCCGGUCCCGUUAUCGACGCUGAAAAGUGGGUACAUUUCACCGGUACCUAUGACAGUGGUAGCGGCGACGUGAAAACAUACAUUGACGGAAAGAUGACGCACGAGGCGAAAGGGAACGGUGAACUUUCAGACAACUGGGACGUCACAGCCGGGAUCGGACACCAUAAGAACGGUCGCUGGUACGAUGGACUGAUGGAUGAAUUCUAUAUUUUUGGUCGUGCCUUAUCCGAAGAUGAGAUUAAAGAGGUAAUGGAUGGGGAAUUUCUGUCGGUGGAACCGGCAGAUAAGCUCGCCACAACUUGGGGUAGCAUUAAAUCGAGGUGA